AUGGAUUCUACCAACAGCGCUAGCAACCAGACGUCCACCAGCGCCGACAACGACGACGAAGACGACGUCCACUCCCAAGCUCAUCAUCUCUCCUCCUUCCACUCCUUCCAGCCGUCCACGGCCAGCAUCGCUUCCUCAUCCUCCAUUUUCGACGCCUUCUCGCCCUACUUCACCCCCUUCCCCUUCCCGCCACCGCCACCGCCGCCUGAGGCCGCGCUUCUCUCCCUCGACGCAGCCUGGAACUCUCCCGCGACUGCGGCUGCUGCUGCUGCUGCUGCUCUUUCGCCUCCUCCGCAGCCUCCGUUCUCCAUGCCGGCGGCAACCGCCGCCGCCCCAUCGCAACCGCCGCCGCGAGGGCCCAGGAAGCGGGCGAGAGCAUCGCGGCGGACGCCGACCACGGUGAUCAACACCGAGACCUCCAACUUCCGCGCCAUGGUCCAGCAGUUCACCGGAUUCCCCACUCCCCCCUUCGCCGCCGCCCCCUUCCCCGCGCACCCUCGCCUCGACCUCUUCGGCGCAGCCGCGGCCUCCGGAGCGGUUCCCCCUUUCCUCCUCCACCCCUCCGCCCACAAGAUGAUCCCCUCCCCCCACCUCGCCACGACCAUCGGUGCAACGCCGGAUCCCUCCGACCCCAUCCCUCCAAAAUAUCACGAUCACGACAAGUUCAACCUCUCGCUCUUCGACGGCAGCAUGCAACGACCAAGAGAAGCCGCCUUCCCCUCGUCGCCGUUCCUCCAGCCUCCUCAACCACAAAUGGCGCAGCCUCCGCUGCCGCCGGACUUCAUUUCCCACAGCGCCGCCACGAAUCCCCGAUGGCACGUGGAAGACCAAGAAAGCGAGCAGCAGACCCCUGAGCUACCUCGAUCCAAGUUCCACUUCAGAAACUUCCACAACAACCAGAGUUAG